AUGCUGUGUGUUUGAUAACUCACAUUAUCUAAGCACUUUUCAUUGUUCCCAUUAGAGGUCUUAACUUGAUUGACUCUAAGUAACUACGUGGCUUGAAUUUCUAUAAGCUUUUUGCAAAAAUUGAAACUGAAAAAAGCCCCUGAACUUAAGCAGUCUUUGGAAAAUCUUGUCAUAAGAUUUUCCAAUAUUUUAGUACCUCCAAAUCGACCAAUCAAAUUGCCCCUGAAAGUCAUUAUCAGGGGCGCUUACCAACCAACUAUAUCCAGUUAUGGUACGUUACCUACUCUAUUUGGGACCAUAGUCCAACUACGGAGCACAAAUGAUGUAUGUGCCAUGUGGCUUAAAAGGGAACUAAGUGCUAUGGGUGAUAUGCUAAUGCUGGAUUCACGCCACUCUUCUGAAAUUCCUGAAUAUCAUGGGGCGAUUCCUUCGAGUAGCUUUCGAACACCAUAGGCCAGGUUUAUUGGCCUUGUUGUGGCGAUUCAUCGAUUCAGACACUGGCUGGCACAAGACGUAGAAGUAUUGGCCAAGGAAACGGCGCCCCGUUCGCUGUUCGCCGUUCGAUAAAGAUCUUAAUGAGAUAAGAUUGAGCACAAAUCGGAGCGAAAUGGCAGUGGCGCUUAUCAGGCCGAUAAUUACGGCUGAGCAAAGCCCCCGAAAAUCGCCUUGAUGGAUUGAUCCAUCCUGAAUGGUUUGGCAGGGGGCAGGGGGCUGGUCCCAAAUCUGCGCUCGAUAAUUAGCAUUAAGGUUUUAUAAUGGAUUUUGAUUGAUUGCCGUAAAUUUGCUGGCGCGUUGGGUCACUUGGGGCAGCCGCCCAAGCAUUUCGACAGUAGAGUUCCGUCAGCAUGUCGCAACAGAAGCAAAAAUCACUGGAGUCCAAUCCCACCGCCAGGUGGCGCCUGGAAGGACACCACCGAAGUGCGAUAGCCUGCUUCUUCGGAGAAUUUGUGGCGACUGCCGUCUUCGUCUUCAUCGCCUGCAUGGGCUGUGUGGAGACGCCCCUCUUCCAGAACUCGCACUUCCGCAGUGGCCUCACCUUCGGCCUGGCCAUCCUCAUUGCCAUCCAGUGCUUCGGCUCCGUCUCCGGUGCCCAUCUGAAUCCGGCCAUCACCUUGGCCGCCUGGCUGUACGGCGUGAUCGGCUGGAUCAGGGCCAUCGCUUACUUCGUGGCCCAGGCUGCCGGAGCCCUGAUUGGCUAUGGUCUCCUGGUGGCUGUGCUGCCGGAGAGCGCCAUCCAGGGAGUGGACAACCCGGCGGGUGUUUGCGUGACAGUUCUGGCCCCCGGGAUCAGCGAACUGCAGGGUGUCUUCAUCGAGUUUCUCAUCACCUGCUGCCUGGUCAUGGUGGCCUGUUCGGUGUGGGAUCCGCGCAACGCCAAGCUCCAGGACUCCGUGCCCGUGAGAUUCGGCCUCACCGUAUCCUGUCUGAUCCUCACAGCGGGCCUCUUCACGGGAGCCAGCAUGAAUCCGACCAGGUCCCUGGGUCCCGCCGUUUGGAACGACUCCUGGGCACACCACUGGAUCUACUGGGUGGGUCCUUUGGUGGCAGGAGCUGUGACCUCGCUGAUCUAUCGGAUGGCUUUCAAGGGCGACGAGGAGAUCGAUCUGAGAAGUUCCGAUGCCAGGAUACGAAUGAUCGGCGAGGUGGUAGUAGUGCAGUAUGCGAUUCGCACCAUUGAGUACUUGGCCUGGAGUGCAGUCCACGUCGGACCACGUCUCCGUUUAAGUCAAUCGCUCGACUCGCCGGCAAUCAUGGCUACGUCCGCAAGCCAAUCCAACUGCUGGCUGCUGCAGCGCCGCCAGCUGGACAACAUCACCACAGUUCUUGCCGAGAUGAUAGCCACCGCCAUGCUGAUGUUCCUCGGAUGCAUGGGCAGCGUCCAGAACUCCGUCUUCACCAACUCGAACUUCCAGAGCGCCGUGAACUUUGGCUUCGUGGUGCUGAUCUGCAUCCAGUGCUUCGGGUGUGUGUGUGGCGCCCAUCUAAAUCCCGCCGUCACCCUGGCCACCUACGUCUACAACAUAAUCUCGCUGCCGAUGGCUGUGGCCUACUUUGUGGCCCAGAUGGUGGGCGCCUUCAUUGGAUACGGACUGCUGAAGGCGGUGCUCCCGGAGAGCGCCAUCUACAGCACGGACACCCCCAAUGGCGUGUGCCUCACGUCGCUCAACAGCACCCUGACCCCUUGGCAGGGCCUGGCCGUGGAGUUCCUGAUCACCUGCGUCCUCAUCUCCAUCUGCUGCGGCGUCUGGGAUCCCCGCAAUGCCAACAAGCAGGAUUCGGUGCCAGUGCGAUUUGGACUGGCCAUCGCAUGCCUGUCGCUCACAGCGGGCCAACUGACUGGAGCUAGUAUGAAUCCAGCCCGAUCUUUCGCACCUGCGAUCUGGAACGGAGCCUGGGAUGACCACUGGAUCUACUGGGUGGGUCCCAUGGCGGCUGCCCUGGUCACCUCGGUGAUCUACAAGCACGCCUUCCGGCGGGAGCUGGAGAAUUCCGAGGUGGACGAGACGACGAUGUCAACCAAGCGAACCUCGGAGGCGGAGCUCGCCUAGAUGGAUGUACUGCCCAUAGGACAAGUUAUCUUUUAAGUUCGUGUGAGUUGAAAGCGGUUAGUUUUAAGUGCGAAGCGUGCAAAUAAAUACCUUAUAUGAUUCCUA